AUGGCAGGAGAAAUACUUUCAGGGCGACGAGCGCGAUCUGUCCUAUUGCGCAUCGCCAAAGACAGCCCCGAAGCAGGGUUUCUCGCCCCCAUCUGCCCCAUUACCAGAUAUCCGACGGUCAUUGUGAUUAUACAUGGAAUGCUGCGGGAGUAUAUUGUGCCGGAUAUCUCGAAAGAGGACUUUCGCAACCGCGUCACGGCUGCUUUGGAUGAUAGCAAACCGCAGAGCCAGGCGAAUGCGUCUUCAGCGCGUCAAGAGGUCCCGGAACAAGCUCAAGGUAUAAACUCCUCCCCCGCGCCGGCGCCGGAAUCCGUUACUGCAGCUCUAUCCAUUCCCCAGCAGUCUCCUCAGCCUACAGCUCUUACACCUUCAGGUGAGGAGUCUCAGACGCAAUCAGCGCCGGAGCAACAGAGCCAGGCCGUGUCCAAAAGCACCUCGGGUGAGAAAGGCAAGGACCUAACAUAUGCUGCGGGUAGGAGGAAGUACUCUGCAAGAAGACCCAGAGAAAAAGAGGAGCCCGAGGCCUCCCAACCGCCUAGCAGCGCUCAGGAGACGACGCAGCAGAAGGACACGAAGGGAAAAGCACCAAUACGGACAAACAAAAAAGAGAAGCCCGCAAGCCACUCCCAAUCACCAGCCUCUCGUCCGACACCAACGGCAGUGCCUCCAUCACAUUACCGUCUUCAAGUCCGGCUUUUUGACGGCAGUUCCGUCCGCUCAACUUUCGAGCCCUCGCAUACCAUCCGAAAGGACGUCCGUGCCUGGCUGGAUACCCAACUGGAGGAAAAGAGACCCUACAACAUUAAGCUUAUCCUCACACCCCAGCCGAACAAAACACUCACAAUUGCUGAGGAGGAUCAGGAACUCCGUGAACUCAUCACCGGCUCCACGGCGACCUUUGUCUUGGUGCCCGUUCAGACAUACAUUGAAGCAUACUCGCAUUCGGGAUCCUUGCCUGUCCGCGCAGUCUCUUCAGUUUAUGGGAUGAUUACCUCUAUGAUUGGUGGUGUGAUAGGGUACAUCGGCUCCUUCAUCGGGUAUGCCCAGGGCCGAGCUUCAUCGUCACAGCCUGAAGCUCCCCAAUCCAGCGAGCCCCAAGUUUCCGGGGAAUCCACUGGAAGAAGCCCGCGGCAGUGGGGAGCGAACAUUCGGACCCUUGGAGACCAGCGAGACGGGCAAGAUAGUGAGUUUUACAAUGGGAAUCAGCUUAAUUUCGAACCGCGACGAGGCGAUGAGUGA